ACUUUAUCACAAAUAUAAGAUCUACAUAAUGGGUGCAGCAAACCACACUUGCUAAUUUUAUGACGGACCUUUGUAGUGAAGGAAUAAAGAGUGUUCUGUCAACUAACAUGAUAUAGAUCCGUCAUUAUCCGGACAGUUGAACAAUGAAUCUAAUAAGAAACAAACUGCAGGGAGUAUUUGGCUCUUUAUUAAUUAGAAGACCACCACUUCAAUCUUUGACAAUACAUGAUGUGAAAAGAAGAGAUUUUGCAUGUAUUUGCCUCUGUACAAUGUUGAGUAGAAAUAGCUAUUUUCAAGAUUGUAUCUUCCAGAAAAACAAUCGAUUUUUUCAAAAUGUUUAUUAUACAAGUGACUGUAUACCUUUUAAGGAAAAAUCGAAUAGUGAUUUAAUAACAACCACAAAGAGCAGCAGAACACAUGAGUUAAUGCCUCAGGAAGAGGUAUGUGGUUCUGUGACAUUAAUGGAAGAAAUCGAUAUCCCUGUAAGUGAUGAAGAUGGUGACUGGACCUCUGAAAUGAGAUGGAUAACAAGUCAAGAGAGCAGGGAUGUUCUGUUUCCUGCCAAAGAUGUGUCAGAAAUUGAUGCAUUAUCUCCAGAAUUGAGGCCUUCAUUCAACAUAGCAGCAUAUGUGAACAGAUCAGAGACUCUGCAGGAAUUGGUCAAACUGAGAGUGGAUCUCAGUAAGUGGGAAAAGAGGAGAGGCAUCAGCUCAUUCAUCCUUAGACUGGAUUUUGAAAAAGAUAUGAAACGACAUAUAAUGUUCUUACAUGAUAUGGGUGUUCUGGCUGAUAACCUUGGCUGGUGGUUGACCAUUAACCCCCUGAUAUUCAGAGAAAAGUUGGAUGAUCUUCACACACGUGUCAACUACCUACAGUCAAAGAAAUUUACAUCAGAUCAAAUCACCCGUGUCAUAUCAAAGAAUCCCUAUUGGCUGCUGUUUAGCACUAUUAGAAUAGAUAACCGUUUAGGAUAUUUCCAAAGAACUUUUGGUUUGACUGGUGCUGAAGUACGGUUACUGGCGAGCAAGCGUCCUCAACUGAUCACACUCAACUUCAAUCAUAUUAUGCGGACAUCUUUUGCUGUUCUUGAAGAGAUGGGUUUUAACCAGACAGAGAUGAAGAGCCUGUUAUUGACUAAACCAAAGAUAUGGACUGUGAAUGGUGCAUCUCUGCAAAGAAGAUUCAUCUUUGCCCAUAAUGAAAUGGGUUUGUCACAUGCACAGCUCAUUCAGUUUCCACAAAUUCUGAUGUCGAGAGAAUUCAGGCUCAAGCAACGUCAUGGUUACCUGAAGAUUAUAGGGCGUAAUCAGUAUGAUCCAUUGAAGGCAAAUUAUGUGUCACCACAGGCUUUAGUUGCUGGUAAUGAUGCAGAUUUUUGUAUUAAUAUUGCUAAAACAUCAGUCCAGGAUUUCAAUGACUUUUUGAAAACUUUAUAAAAAAUUCUUUAAAUAUCAAAAUAAAAAUACUGUAUAGAUGUUUAGUGUACAGCACAUGUAUUUUGAAAAAGAUACAGUACAGGUAUUGUACAUUUUGUGAUAUUUAUAAAAGGUUUAUUCUAAAGAGGUAUAAUUUGGCUAACAGCAAUUGCACAAAGUAAAGAUACCUAGGGACAUGGAGAGCCAGUCCAGGCUCUGGGAUUAAUAAUAAUAUCAGUCCUCCUGUCAUUCUAUUUAUUAACUUUUGCUGUUUGUUUUUAUAAAAGAAAUUUAGGUAACAAAUAUUUCCAUCAAUCCAUGAAAAAGCAGUAACCAUUUUAGAUCGCAGUAGGUCUUUAUGAAUUGAGAGUAAAGAAAGUUUGAGUCAUUAAAUCUCUAAUAAUAAUAUUUA